CUACAACAAUUUUACCACCUCAUUUCUCUCCUUCUUCUUCAACACAAACCAUAGAGAGAGAGAGAGACACCAAAAAAAAUGGAAUCCACUAAGUUCACCACUCUCCUUCUCAUUUCCAUGCUCUUCAUCUCCUCAACCACCCCAAUCCUUGGCUGUGGCCACUGUUCAAAACCCUCUCCAAAACACAAAAAACCCAUUACCCUCCCACCCAUUGUUAAACCACCCAUCAACCUCCCUCCGGUGACCAUCCCUCCGGUGACUAACCCACCAACCACCACCAAGCCUUGCCCGCCGCCACCGGGGGCUCAGACAUGCCCAAUUGACACACUCAAACUUGGAGCUUGUGUGGAUCUUCUUGGUGGGUUGGUCCACAUUGGGCUCGGCGACCCGGUGGCGAACCAGUGUUGCCCUGUGUUGCAAGGGCUGGUGGAGAUUGAGGCUGCAGUGUGUUUGUGUACUACUUUGAAGCUUAAGGUUCUUAACCUUAAUAUUUUUGUUCCACUGGCUCUUCAACUUCUUGUCACUUGUGGGAAGACACCCCCUCCUGGCUUCACUUGCUCUCUCUAGAUCUAAGUUGCUAGCUUGAUGGAUGUACGAAGAAAUCGACAUGAGAGGAUGUCGACUCUCUCUUUCUCCUCUCUCUCUAUAUUUUCUAGAUUGGAAUUGCUGUGCUGAUAUUUGGAUUAGAAAAAUGUUUUGAAACUCUAAUUCUUGAGCUCUAAAGCCAGCUCUAAUGAGCUGACAGUAAAUGUCACCCACUGUGAUGUGAUGUUUUGGUCUUGAUUUUUUUUUUUUUUUUUUUUUCCUUAUCAUGUUAUUAGUAUUCCAUUAAAGUAUCAAAAUUAGUACUCCUAAUCUUUACUGUUUUGAUUUAUUGUACACGUUCGUUUUUGUGAGAUUACUAUUUUGAUGUGUGUGUCUUUUUUGUAUUCAAGCUAAAAGGCAAUGAAGGAUGCCUUUGUGUUUCUCAUCAUUUGCAA